UGAGAGAGUAGCUAGCGCGGAGAAAGUGUUUAUCUGCGGAAAGAGAAGCGAAAAUGAAAAGAGAGAACACAACCGUGCAAAGUGAAGGUGGAUAUCAACCUGGGGGAGAUGAAGAAGAAACAACAACACUGCUGGGACAGGAUGCUCAGGUCUCCACAGGUUCCUCAUUCACCUUCUCAGUGUUCAAUCUGAUGAACGCCAUCAUGGGCAGUGGGAUCCUGGGAUUAGCCUAUGCUAUGGCCAGUACAGGUGUGGUGGGCUUCAGUAUUUUGUUGUUGCUGGUCUCCAGUUUGGCCGCCUACUCCAUCCACCUCCUACUCACACUGUGUGACCAGACAGGUGUGACCUCGUAUGAGGGACUGGGAGAGAGAGCCUUCAGCAAAGCUGGGAAGGUGCUGGUGGCGUGUACAAUCCUGAUCCAGAACAUAGGGGCCAUGGCUUCGUACAUGUUCAUCCUGAAGAUGGAGCUUCCUCCCACUAUCAGCAGCUUCCUGGGAGCUGAGCAUUCUGGUGUGUGGUAUGAGAAUGGUGUGGUGUUACUGAUCCUGGUCACGGUGUGUGUGGUGCUUCCUCUCGCUCUGCUGCCCAAAAUCGGUUUCCUGGGUUACAGCAGCAGUUUGUCGUUCUUGUUUAUGCUGUUUUUUGCCAUUGUGGUUGUGGUGAAAAAAUGGUCAGUUCCAUGUCCACUGCCCAACAACUCUACUCUCAGUCUGAUCUCUAACUCGUCUGUCUCCGAUUGCAGUGCUCGUCUCUUCAUCUUCUCCAGUAAGAGUGCCUAUGCCAUCCCCACUAUGGCCUUCUCCUUCUUGUGUCACACUGCAGUCCUGCCAAUUUACUGUGAGCUCCAGCGACCCACUAAGCGGAGGAUGCAGAACGUGGCUAACAUGAGCAUCUCUCUCAGCUUCCUGGUCUACCUGGUCUCCGCCCUCUUCGGCUACCUCACCUUCUACGGUAAGGUGGACUCAGAGUUGUUGCGUGGAUAUGACAUCUACCUGCCGCGUGAUGUGUUGGUGAUGUCCGUGCGUCUCGCCAUCCUGUUGGCCGUGCUGCUCACUGUCCCCCUCAUCCACUUCCCUGCCCGUAAAGCAGUGUUAACGUUACUCAGAGGAGAGAGACACUUCUCCUGGCUGUCUCACUGUGUCUCCACUGUUGUCCUCCUCCUGAUCAUUGAGCUGCUGGCUAUCUACGUCCCAGACAUCAGGAACGUCUUUGGAGUUGUGGGUUCCACUACAUCAACCUGUUUGCUGUUUGUGUAUCCUGGUCUGUUUUAUUUGCGUGUCAGUAAUGACCACAUUAGAUCGUCCACUUCAAUUGCAGCAGUUGCUCUUGUGGUGUUUGGUGUGUUUGUGGGUUUGCUGAGUCUGUGUGUCAUCAUCAUCUCCUGGGCGCAGACAUCCUGACCUUGACCUCUUGACCACUGACCUCUGCUUCCAGGCCUGCAGACAUUUGCACAGUUGAUUGAUUUAAAGCGGAACACAUGUUUUUGUAGUGAGGGGACUGUUAUUAGUGCUUCUUUACCAAAGACCUACAUCAAUCUUAUUAAAGUGUGUGUAUGUGUGUGUGUGUGUGUGUGUGUGUGAAAUACUGCAGUAAAGGUCACUGAUGGUGAUUAUUGAUGGCACUUUACUGUUUUGAUGUGGACAUUACACUGACACGUACACCUGUAUAUCUGCUGCUAUUAUUUUAAUAUUAAUAUCAUUAUAGGAAGUGGCUGAAACUUACAUCCCAAUAUCAAACACACACACAGUUUUAAUGUUGAUGUAGAAGUAAAUGUCCACGGUCUGAGGGUUCGUUUAUAUACAUCUAAUCAUUUCCUGCCCUGCGUGUGUGUGUGUGUGUGUGUGUGUGUGUGGUCAUUGCUGAAUAAUAAAAGGGAAAUGCUGGUUUUUGUAUCACU